UCCUCGGAGCUCGGAUACAUUUCCAUAACGUUACACGGAAAGGCAGCAUACUUGUCGUCACAUACCGGGAAAUAAUGGCAAACACACCAAAGAGUCACUCUGGUGGAGUGCAUAAAAGUCCGGAAGACUGCGCCAUUUGCUUGGACAAAAUUCAGGAGAAGAAAACGUUAAAGUGCUUUCACUCUUUUUGCUCUGCAUGUAUCGACUCGGUUUUUAAGUUUAAGCCCGCUUGUCCGAUAUGCAACACAUACUACGGAGAGUACACGGGAACCCAGCCGGAGGGCACGAUGACGGUGAUGCGCAGCUGGCAGAGCCUGCCUGGCUUUGAGCUCUGUGGAUCGAUUGUCAUACAAUACAGUUUCCCAGCAGGGAUACAAGGGCCUGAACACCCAAACCCUGGGGUGAGGUACAGCAGCACUUCUCGUACUGCAUUCCUGCCAGCCAGCGAGGAGGGUGAGAAAGUCCUGAAGCUGUUGAGGAAAGCCUUCGACAGGAGACUCACCUUCACCAUCGGACGAUCUGUCACCACAGGCCUCAACAACGUCAUCACCUGGAACGACAUUCACCACAAGACCAACAUGGAUGGUGGUCCACAAUGUUUUGGAUAUCCAGAUCCAGAAUAUUUGUUCAGGGUUCAAGAUGAGCUUCGUCUUACAGGAGUGACACAGGAUGACUGAUGGGUGAAGACUAUCAAAAGACAUCCUCAAAUAGAUUUAAGUUUCUUGUAUUGUUGCAAAGACUUUUUUGCAGUCCUCAAGCAGGGAUCGUCAUCUGAUGUUUUUAUUCUAUGAAGUUAAUACAUGGAGCGAUAAUCUUGAGAGACGAAGGUUAGUGGCUUUUCCCAAAGAAAAAAUAUUUUUUUCUGUACAGUAUGUUAUCCAACAAAACAAAUAUUACAGUACAUUAAAUUAGUAAAAGGGGUCUGAUAAUCAGAUUUAAAUAAUGUAAAUAUUAUAAUUUGUAACACUGGAUCACAGGUCUGGUGCCUAACAGGAGACCUAGGAGACAGAACAGGUGGUAAGUGCACUUAUCAUCUGUGAAAUGGAUAGGUAAAGUUUCCUAGGGAAAUAAGAGAUGAUGAUGUAUAUGGCAUUGUCAUAUGUAAUUUUUUAUGUUUAAAGGACAAUGUGAUAUUCUGUAUUUCUCUUAUUGUCAACAAAUCCCAUGAAAAGACCAAAACUAACAAUUAAUUUAUCCUACUAGCAAGUAUUGCCUGUGUAGCUAAAGCCGAAAUAAGAUGUGGCUUCUUCUUCUGUGCAUAGACCACCAUUGUUGUUCAAAACCUAAUAAAAGCAUGGGUGACAUUUUCCUUCAUUAUAAUGAACAUGGACACUGUAGUUUAUUUUAAGUUGAUCCCACAUACACAGUCCUGCUGCAGUUAAUAUUCACUAAGUCCUCAACAAAUGCCCUAUUUACGCCUGUUUGUGUAACAUUUGCUAAAUACGCCAUUAUUGACAUUGAAUGUAUUGACAGAUGAACUUGUGCAUUGUUGCUUUUGGUCCUUUCGCAGGAUAUGUUGACAAUAACCAACACAUAGAAUAUCACCAGUCUUAUCAUAUAGCACCUUUAAUACCAUAUUAAUUUAUUGUGUGCCUUUUAUAUGACAUCAGCCAAUGUAUCAGUGUUAAGUCGAGUCAUAUAUCUAUGAAACUCUUUUAGUCCAAAAACAUCUUUAUAUAUUUUUCAGUCCUUCCUUUUGCCUGUCAGGUCCACUAGAGGGUGAUGCUCUCCUCUAGGAAGACUUAGGAUGGCGUCUGCUUGGUAUGCAGCUGUAUCAUCAUAAUCACAAACCCACAGUCCUGCAGCACCUCCCAAACCUCAUCAGCCAAAGUCAAUGAGAGGAGAAGGACACCUGCUAUAAAUGAUGAGUCAUGUGUUUCUAUGGUGCUCGGGGAAGUUUUAGCAGCAACAUACUAACAGAGUAUGUUAAACUGAUUGAUACUGUUAAAGAUGAGUUGUGGUAGUUACAUGCACAGAACGAAGCAGAUUCAAUUUAAAUGGCAAUAAAGACAAAAUGAUUCAAGGCU